AUGCCAUUCCUUAAGGAUCGUAUAUUUAAUACUGAUUCUACUCAAUCGACGAGUUCAAUAACUGAGUAUAAUACACAUUAUAUGUUACCACGUCGAGAAGAUUAUAUUCCUCAUGUAGCUUUACCAAAAUUUGGUAAUAAUCGAAUACCAACACGUAGUCGUUCAUUUCUCUCUUUCGACGUCGAUCCAAAUUUUAUACCAAAAACAUCUGAAUAUGGUCUAGGUUUUACUAAUCAUCGUCCUAAACGACCUUAUGUCUUUCAGGCUAAAUCAACUCAUAUAUUUGAUGAUCCUUUUCCAGCACCGGAUCCAAUUCGUUUAAACUCAUCAUCAUCAGUUAUAAAAUCUAGUGAAUAUCAGGCACGUUUCGCAAAUAAUCGUACGAAAGACUUAGUCGCCGGACAGAUUUCUUCUCAAGCUAAUAUUCCAUCAGAUCCAAAAUUAAAAAAAGAACGUAUGACACGUAGUCAAUAUUUUCAUGAUCUUAUUACUGAUAGUGAUAAAUCUAAUGGUGGACAACGAUAUUUUGGUAAUAGCGAACAACGUCUUGCUUUUCAAUGGCCUUCUCAUAUACAAGAAGAAAUUUCUAAUACGUAUCAACCAACUUUUCGACAAAGUCUCUAUACUUCAAAUUAA